AGUGAGCGAGGAAAAAUGGCGACCAGCGUGAUGAAGUUGAACGGUACUAUUUACACAACAGUAAUGAAUUUAUCGUGCAGUCUGGCAAACAAAAUUAAACUAUCUGCGUUAUUAGUUUUAAUACUCGCUUUUGUGAGUAGGAGUUCUGGAGAAAACUCAUAUGAAGAUAACACUUAUGAAUUUCUCAAGCGAGAGUAUUCGCUGAGUAAGCCAUACCAAGGACUGGGCUCCUCCAGCUCCUCACACUGGGAGUUUAUGGGCAACACCAUGAUCAUGCCUGAACACAUACGGCUGACACCAGACUUGCAGAGCCGACAAGGAGCUGUAUGGAGUCGAAUUCCCUGUUACCUCAGGGACUGGGAGCUCCGAGUACAAUUUAAGAUCCAUGGUGAGGGCAAGAAAAACCUGAAUGGGGACGGCCUUGCAAUAUGGCUUACCAAAGAGCGAAUGCAAAAUGGUCAAGUGUUUGGAAACACAAACUUUUUUACAGGUCUGGGUGUUUUUGUAGACACUUAUCCUAAUGAUGAUAAACAGCAUGAGAGAACAUUUCCCUUUGUCUCUGCAAUGGUCGGGAAUGGGAGUGUUGCAUAUGAUCAUGACCGUGACGGAAGGUCUACUGAUCUCGGUGGCUGUACUGCUAACAUUCGCAACGUUGAAUACGACACGUUCCUUUUGAUCAGAUACAUGAAGAACAGACUCACAGUGAUGACAGAUGUCGAGGGGAAACAAGAGUGGAAGGACUGUCUGGAUGUACCUGGAGUGAGGUUGCCGCAAGGUUACUACUUUGGUGUCUCAUCAGCUACUGGUGAUUUAUCAGAUAACCAUGACCUGAUCUCCUUCAAGCUGUACGAGCUUACAGUGGAACGGAGUCCUGAAGAGGAAGAGAACCAGCAGGAGAUCACAUUGCCUAGUGUAGACUACCGAAUGGACUCUAAUGUUCAUGUGGAGGAUGAAGGAAGGAGCAUUCUCACCACCUUCUUUGUCUUCAUCGUUUCCGUCGUUGUGCUGGUUGUAGUGAUUAUAGUUAUUCUCUUUCUAUUUAAUCACUAUAAAGAGAACCGCCGCAAACGCUUCUACUGAGCAAACUGAAGAGCAAAUGACAGGAAGGAAAUGGGACAAGAUCCAACGUGAGUGUGACUGGCAAUUUUUUGCAAAGGACCGCUUCUGGUCUUCACUUCUGCCAUCAACGGAAAUGACCUGAAGGUCAACGCUGAACUAAAAGCCAUACCUGACCACCUCAAUCGUGAUUAUGAUCUGAAAAAAACUGUUCAGAGAGUGUGCGUCUGUUUUCGAAGGUCUCUAGAGACUUUCGUGUGCGUUUUCUGUAUUUUUGUACCAGUUACACUGACCUUGGCCUUUCACCCAGAGAACUAUGUGUGACAGCAUUUACAGAGACAUGGGAGUUUAACAAACUGUUGUAUUCUCAAGUUGUCUACUGUAAUGCUACUGCAGAAACCCCUCCAUUCAAUUGGACAGAAAUUAAUCAAAAGAAAAUAUAUUACCUUGACUUUGGCCUCCAUCUGUCACCAUCAUCUCAUCAGCUCACAGUAAUUAUGUUUUAGCUAAUGUAAAAAUGAUUACAUUUGAUUUUCAACCUAUUAUAAGUAAUACUGGCCAGCUGUGCUGUUAUAAACAGACAGCAACAACAAAUGUGAAGAAGAUUUUUCCCAAAUGUCUGUUUUGUAAUAAAUCUAGGUAGUUUUGAUGUCUUUAGUUAUGUGAUCUUGUUUUAUGUAUUAAAAGCUGCACUGAACUGCUUGACCGUAUGUAGCUUAUCUAAAGUUACUUUGGUUUGUUUAGGUUUCAACUAAAGUUAAACCUUUGUAUAUUUCAUCUCUUCAUGGCCUUAUUUGAAUACUAUGUUUGAUAAUCUUGAUGUGCUGAUGAAUAUAGAAACGAUGACAUGUCUAUUCCUGUAUCCAAAUAUAUCUUUCGUAAACAGGCAAGAGAUGUAAAGCUGGUGCAGCAAUUUGACAGUUCCUGGGGUUUUCAAUAAUUGCACUAUUGCAAAGAUAUGCAAGAGAUUUU